AUGCCCCGUGAAAAUAUCGAAUUCCAAACGGCCGACCAUGUCACCUUGCGAGGUUGGUUCUUUCGGCCGUCAAUGGAGCCACUCGAAACAAGGCUGCCUUGCCUGGUCAUGUCUCAUGGGUUCUCAGCCUUGAAAGAAAUGGGACUUGACGCGUUUGCAGAAUAUUUUACUCUAAAUCUGCCCAUCAGCUGUCUAGUAUAUGACAACCGAGGAUUUGGUGACAGUGACACGAAGGAAGGCCAGCCUCGGCAGGAGGUUCUUCCCAGCCAACAGGCCAGCGAUAUAUCAGACGCCAUCACCUAUGCGCAGUCUAGAGCCGACGUUGACCCUAACCGCAUUGGUAUCUGGGGAAGUUCUUACAGCGGUGGACAUGUACUGUAUGUUGGAGCAGUUGACCGGCGUGUCAAGGUGGUGCUCUCCCAUGUUCCUUUCACCGAUGGGUGGGAGACCUUGAAUCGUCUCUUGCCGUCCGACGCAAUAGAUGGAGUAAACAAAGCAUUUCAAGAAGACCGAUUGGCCCGGGCUGCAGGUAAACCCGCUGGGAUGAUACCAGUGGUAGAUGAAGACCCUCUAAAACCAUCUACACUUCCUACACCGGAUAGCUAUCAGUUCUUCAGUGCGUGGGAAGCCAAGUCAAACUGGAAGAACGAGACCACGCUGAAAAGCGUCGAGGCGGCUCGUGGGUACAAUCCUGCUGCACAUAUCCACCAUAUCUCACCAACCCCGCUGUUGUUGACAGUGGCGGAGAACGAUGUCGUGGCUCCGACUGAUAUUGCUCUGGAUGCGUAUUCUCGGGCGGGAGAGCCAAAGAAACUGCAGAUCUUCCCGGGUGGUCAUUUUGAUGGUUAUGCCGGUGAAGGCUUCGAACACAACGCAUCAGUCCACGCAGACUUUCUGAAAGAGCAUUUGGUUGGAUAA